GGGGAGGGGGAGAAUCAGACGUAAAUUCUUUUGCAAACAUUCAUGCCUAAGGAAGGGCUGGAACAAGCAGCUGCGGCCGCCGGAACCGGUCGGACAGGUAGCGAGCUUGUUGACACCGUUAUGUUGCAGGGCGCAUGCUCACUCCCAAGUUUCCUGGUGCCUUUUCUAUUCCACCUUAUGAAACUUUUUCCUUGGUGUGGUCUCACCCACGGUUUAAGACAUAGGUGUCGCCGAGCCUGGAAGCUGGGAGUCUCCCGAAGUUCGCGAGAGAGGCCGGGGCCCCGCUGCGGCAGGGGGCGGAGGGAGAGGCCAGCUAGGCGGGAAGGUGGGCUCUGGCCGCCAGAAGCCGGGGACCCAGCCAUCGCCGCCGCCCAUAGGGGGGAGCAGCCGGGAAGAGGGGGCUGCAGUCUGGGGAGGGGCCCCGCAAUGCCCAAAGUCUUCCUGGUAAAGAGGAGGAGCCCGGGGGUCUCGGUCCGCAACUGGAAUGAGCUCCCGGACGAGGAAAGGGCAGACACCUACAUCCCAGUGGGCUUGGGCCGUCUGUCCUGCGACCCCCCGGAGGACUGCCGCAGCGACGGUGGCAGCAGCAGCGCCGGGGAGCCUGGAAGCACCGAGAGCAAUUCUUCCCCUCGCGCCCCCGAGCACGAAAUCCUGGCGCCUGGAGACGCAGAGAGCCACGGUGGACACCUGGCGGCGAAGCAGCGCCCGGUCGCCAGGUCGAAAAUCAAGUUCACCACAGGCACAUGCAGUGACUCUGCAGUUCACAGCUGUGACCUGUGUGGCAAGGGCUUCCGCCUACAGCGUAUGCUCAAUCGUCACCUUAAGUGCCACAACCAGGUGAAGAGGCACCUGUGCACCUUCUGCGGCAAGGGCUUCAAUGACACCUUCGACCUAAAGAGGCACGUCCGCACACAUACAGGCAUUCGCCCCUACAAAUGUGACAUUUGCAACAAAGCUUUCACCCAGCGCUGCUCCUUGGAGUCCCACCUGAAGAAAAUCCACGGGGUGCAGCAACAGUAUGCCUACAAGCAACGCCGGGACAAACUCUAUGUCUGUGAAGAUUGUGGCUACACAGGCCCCACCCAGGAGGACCUGUACCUGCAUGUAAACAGUGCCCACCCAGGCAGUGCAUUUCUCAAAAAAACAUCCAAAAAACUGGCAGCCCUUUUGCAAAACAAGCUAACAUCCACACUCCAAGGGAAUGCCAACCUGAGUGAGGAGGAGGAGAAAUGAGGAGGAGAAAGGGAAAGAUGCCAGUGCUGACAUGUUUACACAGAUUUUUUUUUGAGGGCCCCACUGGCUCUUUCUAGUUACAGGUGUUCGGUUUAUCUGUCUGUCCUCUUGGGGCCUCAGCAGGGGGAUCUCUUCUGAGACUGUCAAUUGUAAUAGUGGUGUCAGGUCUCCUUUAACCCAUGUCCUAUUGAACACAACCAUAUCAGUGAAAUUUAAAGGGUGGCUGUGGUCACUGUGCAGGACUCUUCUUUAUUUUUUUAGGAUUUUCACACAUGGAGCCAGAGGUGUUCUUAGAGAAACCAUCAUGUUAUGGUGCCUUGAAAUAAAAGUACUUCCACUUGAAAUGCUA